AUGGGACAAGCCAUGGGCAAGCUGAUGGCCAGUGAGUGCGAGAAAUUCUUGAGCUCUUCAUGUUUCUAUUCGCGCUCUGCUUUCCCCUUUCUUGCAUCGAUUUCGAUUAGGGAUUUUUCUAGACGAAGUAGCCGAGCAUCAGCCGUGACUGUGUGUGUGUGUCGCCGCAGAGAGAACCGGAACGGAAGAGAACCUCAGGAACCAUCUCCGGAAAUUUGUAGUAGAGUAUCUGGAAGAGAACCACAAAAAGUUCGAGCAGCUAAUGGAAUCCAACAGCGAGCAGAAGCCCAACCUGUUUUAUCAUUUCGUCUAUAAAAUCGUCGAGUAAGUUCCAUAAUAACGAAGAACGAUUAGAGAUUCAUUCCCUGCUGCCGGGGGCUGAGGAGAAGUUCUCGUUAUAUCUUCUUCCAGAUGGAUGGGAUUUCUUGGACCUGACAUUAAUGUACACUUCAUUGCUUGCAUUUGUGUGCAAUGAGAGCAGCAUACAUCUAAGUCAUUCCUACGAGAAUUUGGCAGAAGUUCCCGUGAGGAUUGUACAUGGAUUGCAUCAAGUCCCCACGUUGCUUUUGCACAUAUGGCUAAGUUUUUUAUUUUUUACGAAAAAAAUUCAUGACCGAUAUUUUCCGGAUAACUUUCGAAACUCUCUGUUUCCUAUAUCUUUUCAAUUUGCACAUUUAUUGAUCUUGUUGGCCCGUCAUGAACAUCCAUUUCAGACCUCCUUUGGGCUGAGAUAGCUGGUAAAAAAUCUUUACUUUUUUUGUAUUUGGUAAUGUUAUCAUGAUAUGAAUAAAUUCCUGCUAAAACCAGCCUCUUGAUCGACACCACUUUCGAUGGUGACGGGAUUAUAGUUCAUGAGAUCGGGAACUUCUGUCCCAAAAUGAAUGAAUCUCGUGGUCAGAAAAGUUCAUCCAUGAGAAGAUCGAGCACUCACUCAUGAAUCGUACAAGAAAUCCGAGAAACCAAGUCAGUCCUGCCUGGUUUUCUUCCAACUGGAUUGCUAGAAUAUUUCUACAUAGAAUACCGGGAGCCCACUUUGCAUUGCAUUCUCUGAGCUAUUUUUUUCUGCAUAAAAUAAUUCUUCCCUACCGCUCACGUAUUAAAAUGGUAAGGCAGUUGACCCGCAUGCGCGUUGACGGGGCUGCACGUUGAUGGGCAUUCUGUGUCAUAAUCACUGAUUCUGUGUGCUAACAGAGAGAUCAACGCGAGGAGCGGUGCGAUCCAGUACGACAUGCCGAACUUUGAUCGGUUCAAGAGCAUCUUCAAGGUCUGUGGAAGAAGAACAUACAUACAUACAUACAUACAUUCAUAGAGUCUCGUCAUCUUGCUGAUUCGUUCUUCUUCCGCAGGAGGUCCACCCGGACGAGAAGAGGAAGCUGACCAAGGAGGAGUUCCGGAAGUUCUUCGAGAAGGCCGUAGGGUUUCAGAGCGUGCAGGCCGGCCAGGGGUUCAAGGAGAUCCUCUUGCUGAUUCUGGGCGUGCCGGUGGUGGCUACCUUCGCGAAGAGGGCGAUGCUCGGCAAGAACUCCCAGAUCUCCGACGACGUCCUCAUCCCCGUCGUCACUUCCGCCACCGUUGUCUACCUGGCCAAGUCCAACAAGCUGUAA